AUGUCGAUUUCCUCUGGAGACAAUCUACAAAAUAGGGCAAUUGGCACAUAUGCGUCAAAUGUGGACAAUGUUAAAUAUUUUAAAACUAUAACUGAAGUGCAGGAAACCCUAGAGCAUGAUAUUAAAGGUUGUGAUGUUAAGUUCACAUUGUUCGUUUCUGCGGUCGGAAGCAUUGAUCGCGAACAACUGCGAGACCUGAUUCCACCAAUGUUUAUCAAGAGUGAUAGCAAAUGUGAUUUCCAUGGGCUACUCGAAACUAUUAAUGCAACUCCAAAAUUGAAUGUUUUGCUUCAAAAAAUAAAAGACUCCAAAUUUUCCGGUUGCAAUCCACGCAUCAUUCAUUUGUUGCAUUAUUUGUUGUGUGAGAAAAAAAUACCGACUAUUCGAAGCAUGACUGCAGAUGAGGAUGAUAAAGUUUUCAGUCUAAUUCAAAACUUUGAGGGUACGGUAAUACCCACAGAUAUGUUUGAAAUAUAUUAUAAGCAUGAUUCCGAGGAAGAAAAAACAUUUGAUGCUCAAGGUUUAAAGUAUGGAAGAGAAAUUGGCUUAUGUGGCAUUUCACUCGAUAAAUAUUAUUCAGUCCUAUAUAACGGUUUUUUGGACCAAGAAGAAAUGAAACGCAACCCUAAUGCAUCUCUUCAUCUUACUAAGAAUAUCUUAAUGAGCUUGCAGGAAAGUAGUAUUCAAUCUAGUUGGGAAGGUUCAAGUCUGGGUACUGAUUUGAAAUGUGUUGCUUUGUGUCAGUACAUCUGUCGUAGUGAAUAUUUUCGCCAUGUAAGAAUUUCUAAUUGCUUAGGUGUGUCCAUUCUGCUAGGUGAUAUCGUUCGUCCACGUUAUCUCAUGUUCUUCGCCGAAACACCAGAAUCACUCUCAUCUACUACUGACAUGUCUAUGAGCAAUAACUUAAAGAUUGUUCCAUCCAUUAGUACUCAAGUCGAAUUUAAACCAAUUCCACAGACGUCUACCAAUUGUGAACAAAAGUAUUUGGUUUUGGGGAUGUCUGGAGUGAUGUUGGCAAUCGGCAUGUAUGCUUACAAGAAAAAUUGUUUGGGAUUUAAGGGUAUUUUCGAUUCUAAUAUGGAAAGAGCAAUUAAUAAAUGCUCUGAUGUAUUUAGUAAUUUUUUUUUAAAUUGUUAUGACUUAGAAUAA